AUUUUCAAAUUAUUGCUUUUAAAAAAAAUAGAAAAAAUAUGUUAAUUAUGUCUAUUCAAAGUAAAAUUCAAACAACAUUGAAUUUUAUUUCUCUAGACAUAAUGUUUAAUCAAAGAGUACCUAUAACAAUACCUACCUAUAACAGUUUUUAAUUAAAUCAUGAUUGGCCGAGCAUAUCGGAUUGCCUGUGCAACUUGCAAGGCCAGCUGUUAUCAGAAUCAUAUCUUUAAAAAUUUUAAAAUCUAAUCUACUGUUUUACCACUUAAGUUUUAUACAAAGUUAUCUAAAUGGGUUUUAGCUAGUAAGCCAUAACAAAACUUAAACUAAGCAAUUUAAACUGCAUAAGUUUUUGUGUAGUAAUUUGGUGUAAUUUAUAUAUAACCAAUUUUGAUGGUGCUACGGGUGCUACAACAAACUUAAAACUGAAAUUCAAACCAAGUUCCCAAUUAAAAAAAAAUAGAAAUGGAUUCAACACAUGUAAAGAAAGUUCAAGAACUGAAAUCAAAAAUAAAAAGCUACCCGGACUUUCCUAAAAAAGGAAUUUUAUUUUGGGACAUUUUCUCUGCCAUAUCUGAUGGACCAACAUGCAAGUUACUACAAGGUCUGCUAGUAGACACUAUUCGCAGCAAGUACCCAGAUGUUGAAGCAGUAGUGGGGUUGGAGUCCCGAGGGUUCCUGUUCUCAUUCUCCGUGGCGGCCGAACUUGGCAUUGCAUGCCUGCCCGUGAGGAAGAAAGGGAAGUUACCUGGGGAGGUGUUUUCACACAAAUAUGACUUGGAGUAUGGUUCUGAUGUUCUAGAAAUACAGAAGAGCUCAAUACAUCCAGGUCUCAAAUGCCUCAUAAUAGAUGACCUAUUAGCCACCGGUGGGUCCAUAGCAACUGCAGCCAAAUUACUUCAAGCCUGUGGAGCCAAUGUUGUAGGAAGCCUUGUUAUCAUUGAGUUGACGUCUUUGAAGGGGAGGAAGAACAUUCCAGAAGAUAUCUCUGUACAUUCUUUGAUAACAUAUGAUUAGCAUUGUAUGCUAUUUUUUUAUUUUUUUGGAAAGGUUCGUUCGUAUAGUACUUGGCAAGAAACUAAAGGCAUGACCUUGAAUGCACAGAACUCAUUAUUUGGUUCAUGAAGUAGAAGUAUGGAGAGUUCAUUUCUAAUACUUACUUGAAGCAAAUACCUAAAUUGGUCAGGUGGGGGGCUUCAGCCGUGGCUAGUUACCACCCUAUCGGCAAAGCUGUGCUGCCAAGCGACUUCUAGCGUUCACUAAAUGGGUAUGGGUUUAAUAAAAACUGCCAUAUUUCCAGAUUAGCCUCCUUCCAUCUUGGACUGUAGCGUCACUUACCACCAGGUGAGAUUACAGUCAAGGGCUAACUUGUUUCUGAGUAAAAUAAAAACCUACUUAUCGCUAUAGACUAACAAAUUAGAACAUCCCACUGUGGUCCGAUCUCUUUCUCUUACUAGGCAGUUGAAGUGGGAUAGUGAUAAGUAUAGGUUUUGCUUCAAGUAGGUAUUACAAGUAAGCAAUCCAGGUGUAUUUUGUAGAUUCAUGAUUGGGUGUCAUUAGAGGGGUGCGAUGGGUGCAGUGUCCGUGAUUGGUUGGCUGUCAUAUCACGUCAUACUCACCCUUCCGCAUUGGUUAGCGCGCGUCUUCGUAGUCUGCCACACACACAUCAAUCAUUUAUAGAGCGUGUGGGCGAUUGUACGUGUGCGAAAGUAUCUUUGAACCUCAUGCCUUGAGAUCCGUGCCGUAUACUAUACCUGUUAGAAACUGAAAGGGUGACAUAGUUUGACUAUGAUUGCAUUGUAAAGUUGAGAUCUAUAAAGUGUACUUUGACUUAGCUUAGACUUAUGUCACUGUUAAAACGAGACAGCGUUAUGUGGUUGGCAUAAGUUUGUCUCGUUUUAUCUAUAACUUAAGUCACGCCUUGUAGAUCUCAACCUAAGUUAGGUGAAAUGUUUUUGAUAAGUUUUUAUACAUAUUUUUUACAAUCAUUUUAAAUGAUUUAUUACUAAAUGUAAUAUUUUCUGACAUAUCAGUUCAAUUUUUAUGAUAAUUGUAUAUGAAAGCUCAAUUUUUCUAUUUUAUGUACAUAUAAAUCUCUAGGAUAAAAUAGGUACAUAAAGAUACAUUCCACAUUGAAAAUAAAUCAUUAUUGAUACAAAGUAUUUUUAAAAUGUAUAAUUUUAUCUAAGUAAGUAAGAUUCAGUUUUAUUAACAGCAACAAUUUAAAUCCACAUGUUACAUUAUUAAUUAUUGUAUUGUUAAAAUUCACUGCAUAUUUUAAAUCCUUAUGUACAAAAUAUUUGAAAGAAAAUAUGGA